UAUACACACACAAUUUACUCUUCGAAGCCUAGCAAUCUUCGAAAUUUUAUAUCGAAGAGUUAACGAACAAACGGCUUAUUAUUGUUGCAUGCGAGUAGGAAAUAUGGUGGCUCCAGGAGUCGAAAGAGAGAUGACGGAGGAGGAGAAGAUCGACGCGUGGCUUCCGAUCACGUCUAGCCGGACGGCGAAGUGGUGGUACUCGACGUUCCACAACGUCACCGCCAUGGUCGGCGCCGGCGUCCUCAGCCUCCCCUACGCCAUGUCCAACAUGGGAUGGGGACCGGGUAGCGUGAUCAUGGUGCUAUCAUGGUGCAUCACUCUCUACACACUGUGGCAAAUGGUGGAAAUGCACGAGAUGGUUCCCGGAAAACGGUUCGACCGGUACCACGAGCUAGGGCAGCACGCCUUCGGCGAGAAGCUCGGGCUCUACAUCGUGCUGCCGCAGCAGAUCGUGGUGGAAGUUAGCACGUGCAUCAUCUACAUGGUGACCGGCGGCAAAUCACUACAGAAAUUCCACAACACCGUUUGCCCGAGCUGCAAGGACAUCAAGCUCACCUACUUCAUCCUCAUCUUCGCCUCCGUCCACUUCGUCCUCUCGCAUCUCCCCAACUUCAACUCCAUCUCCGCCGUCUCCCUUGCCGCCGCCGUCAUGUCCCUAGUAUAUUCCACGGUUGCGUGGACGGCGUCCAUAGCGAAGGGGGCGCCGGCCAACGUGGGGUACGGAUUGAGGGGGAAGAACCCAUCGGAGAAUACUUUUAACUUCUUCAAUGCGUUGGGGGACAUCGCCUUCGCCUUCGCCGGCCACAACGUGGUGCUGGAGAUUCAGGCGACCAUCCCGUCCACGCCGGAGAAGCCGUCGAAGAAGCCGAUGUGGAAGGGGGUCAUCUUCGCCUAUCUUGUGGUGGCGAUAUGCUAUUUCCCGGUUGCCGGUUUUGGGUAUUACGUGUUUGGCGACAAAGUUGACGACAAUAUCUUGAUGACGCUUCAGAAGCCUGCAUGGCUCAUUGCAUCUGCCAACAUGUUUGUCUUCGUUCAUGUUGUCGGCGGCUACCAGAUAUAUGCAAUGCCGGUUUUUGAUAUGAUGGAGACUUUCUUGGUGAAGAAAAUGAAGUUUAAGCCUUCGGGGAUGCUACGUUUCACGACUCGUACGUUAUUUGUUGGCUUAACCAUGUUCAUAGGCAUGACAUUCCCCUUCUUUGGUGGUUUGCUUGGAUUCUUUGGUGGAUUUGCUUUGGCCCCAACAACAUAUUAUCUUCCUUGCAUCAUGUGGCUCAUUUUGAAAAAGCCCCAAAAGUUUAGCUUAUCCUGGUGGAUCAAUUGGAUAUUCAUUGUCAUUGGUGUUUUACUGAUGAUUUUGGCACCAAUUGGAGGGCUGAGGAACAUUAUUCUAUCUGCCAAAACUUACAAAUUCUACCAAUGAUAGUUGAGGAUCCCAAAAUUCCAAUAAACUGGAAUUCAGCCGUUAUUUCUAGGGAUGAUUAGAAUUAUUAUUGGUAGUAAUAGCUUUUGUGAAUUCUUGCAGAUUUUCAUUUUCCUCAUAGAGAAGUUAAAGUUUCUAGUCCUAGCACUAGAAUAGCAAAUUACCAUUUUUAGUUUUUUUUUGGGUCAGGUAGCUUUGUUGAUGAUGAUGAAGAUUUCAAUUCAUUCUUAAUGAUUCCCAAGUUCUCAUU